AUGGCCGGGAACAAUAUUACAGGGAGCAUACCAGAAGAUUUUGGAAUCUCAACUAAUCUAACCUUGCUUGAUCUUUCUUCAAAUCAUUUGGUUGGGGAAAUCCCAAAGAAAAUGGGAAGUUUAACUUCUCUGUUGGAGCUAAAAUUAAAUGAUAACCAACUUUCUGGGAGUAUACCUCCCGAACUUGGAUCACUGUUCAGUCUUGCCCAUCUCGAUCUAUCAGCAAAUAGAUUGAAUGGGUCAAUAACAGAGAACUUGGGUGCCUGCUUGAACUUGCAUUACUUGAACCUGAGCAAUAACAAACUUAGCCACAGAAUUCCCGCUCAGAUGGGUAAGCUGAGUCACCUCUCCCAGCUAGAUCUGAGUCACAACUUGCUUUCAGGAGCAAUCCCACCACAAAUCCAAGGGUCCCAUUCCCAACAGCAAAGCAUUUCGAGAUGCUACCAUUGA